CAAAACAGUCCUAAUCCGCUUUUGGGCUUUGAUUUUUCACUCGCGUAAUUUUCAUUCGCGACUCGUGACAAAAUGUCGAUCCAGAACUUAAAUACUCGCGAUCCUUUUGCGGAUGCCUCGAAGGGCAACGACGAUGAUAUCCAGGACGGACUCAUCCACAUUCGCAUACAGCAGCGGAAUGGUCGCAAAACUUUGACCACUGUCCAGGGACUGUCGCAGGAGUACGACCUGAAGAAGAUUGUGCGCACCUGCAAGAAGGAGUUUGCCUGCAAUGGCACUGUCGUCGAGCACCAGGAGUACGGCGAGGUGAUACAGCUGCAGGGCGACCAGCGGGAGAACAUUUGCCAGUGGCUGACCAAGGCCGGAUUGGCCAAGGCCGAUCAGCUGAAGGUUCAUGGCUUUUAAGCGCCUAGUGCAAGGGGGGAAAAAAGCAAGUUGCAGGCGAGUUUUGCCCUCUAAAAUCAAUCCUGCAGAUCGCCCAUGAUCAAGAUAGUUAUACAAUCAAUGUUCCAUUUUAUAAAUGAUCAAUUGGAAACAAGUCCUCACAGAACCUUCAAUCAAGAUCAGCAAGCAGCUACAAUCCAAAGAGCCUUAAAAAGAAUAUUCUGUUUACCACCAGAAUUUCUUUGAAUCAUCAAGAGAAAACCACCAACAAUAGACCAUUCCGUUUGAGAGUAAAUAAUUGUAUAUCGUAUCAUACAUCAAAUUAAAUGUGCGCAGUGCAACUAAA